AUGUUGAAGCGACUCCAGGAGGACAUCACCUGCUCCAUCUGCCUGGACAUCUUGGAGGACCCCAUCUCCAUCGAGUGCGGCCACAACUUCUGCCGGGGCUGCCUCUCAGCUCACUGGAGUGGGGUCUCAGCCUGGGGGUCCCAGUGCCCCGAGUGCCGGGCUCCCUGCUCCAGGGACAGGAUGACCCCAGACACACGUGUCAAAAGCCUGGUGGAGAAAAUCAGAGACCUGCCAUGCAAAGAGACACUGACAGCAACAGUGACAGCAAGCUCUGAGCAGGGGCCGGGGGCUCAGCUGGAGCCGGGCCGCCCGGUGCAGCUGGUGCAUCUGGACAAGGAAGGGGGCCUGACCCUGGAUGAGGAGGCCCUGAGCCGCUGCCUGGAGCAGGGUGGGGUGGAGGACGCCCCCGUCUGCCUGGUGUCCAUCAUCGGGGAGCAGCGCCGGGGAAAAUCCUUCCUGCUGAACUACCUGCUGCGUCGGCUCCGGAGCCCGGAUGUGAAGGACGGAUCCUGGAUGGGCCGGGAGGAGGAGCCCCUGGAGGGGUUCGAGUGGCGAGUUGGCGCCCGCAGCGUCACCAAGGGGGUGUGGGUGUGGAGUCAGCCCUUCUGGGUCCCCACCGAGUGGGGGAAGGUGGCCGUGCUGCUGGUCGACACCGAGGGCUCCAUGGACAUUGCCAGAGACAGGGAGACCAGCAUCAAACUCUCCGCCCUCUCCAUGCUGCUUGGCUCCUACCAGAUCCUGAAUGUUUCCAGCCAGAUAAAGGACCCUGAUCUAGAAUAUCUGGAGAUGUUUCUGCACGUGGCCGAAGAGGUGGGAAAGGAAUACGGGCUGGAGUCCAUUCAGCACCUAGACCUGCUGGUGCGGGAUUGGAGCAACUCCACGGUCCUUGGAAGUGACGGUGGGAAGGAGCAUCUGAGAGACGUCCAACAGAUGCUGGAGGAGACGUCCCCUUGCAAACACCCCAAGGCCCUGGAAGCACUGAGCAGAAGCAGCACCCGCUGUUACCUGAUGCCUUUCCCUGGCAAGCGGAUCAUGACUGGGAGCCAGGGAAGCUUGAGAGACAUGGAUGAGGAUUUCCGGGACAGCCUGAGGGACUACGUCACCACCCUGGUGGGCUCGGCCAGUCGACACGUGUGGAGGGACCGGCAUGGGGCGCUGCUGACCGGGACACAGCUCGCUGCUCGGAUAAUGGUGGGGACUGGCCAGCUGGGGAUGGGGUCUCAGUAG